AUGAGUGACACAACAGGGAAUUUGACCCAAGGUAUUGAAAUGGACGAAUCACCAACUCCAGAAACUGUUACCACUCCAUCAUUGGACUUGAAUGAAAUCCUUAAACCAACAGAGUUGGAUGGAACCACCACUAAUAUAGCGUCUAAUAAGGCUAAGUAUUUGAUUCGGUCAGACAAGGAGCAUUUUGAUGUUGAUGAAACUGCUAAGAGGUUCAAAUACUUGCUUGGAUUGACAGACUUAUUUCAGCACUUCAUCAAUGCUAAGGCUGAUAGAGAUCCAAACUUUCAAAGAGUUUUGGCCAGUAUUGACAAUAAUGAGGUGAACCAUAAGCAUACAGAAGCUAACAAUAGGAGACGUAAGACUGAGAAGGAAGAAGAUGAAGAAUUAUUAAAUGACGAAGUUGAGACCCCAGCGAUUACUGAAUUCACUGAAAGCCCAGGAUAUAUUCAUGGGAAGUUGAGGCCAUAUCAGAUUCAGGGUUUGAACUGGUUGAUUUCGCUAUACGAAAACAACUUAUCUGGUAUCUUGGCGGAUGAGAUGGGAUUGGGUAAAACUUUACAAACCAUUUCAUUUUUGGGAUACUUAAGAUAUAUGCGGAAUAUCAAUGGACCACAUAUUAUCAUAGUUCCUAAGUCUACUUUAGAUAACUGGGCAAGGGAAUUUGCAAGAUGGACACCUGAUGUUAGGGUUUUGGUUUUGCAAGGUGAUAAAGAUUCCAGACAUGAAUUAAUCCAAAAAAGAUUACUCGCUUGUGAUUUUGACGUUGUGGUUUCAUCAUAUGAAAUUGUUAUAAGAGAAAAGGCGUCGUUCAGGAAAUUUGCUUGGGAGUAUAUUAUAAUUGAUGAAGCCCACAGAAUUAAAAAUGAAGAAUCUUUGUUGUCCCAAAUUAUAAGAAUGUUUCAUUCUAGGAAUAGAUUAUUGAUAACUGGUACGCCGUUACAGAAUAACUUACACGAAUUAUGGGCUUUGUUGAACUUUAUUCUUCCAGAUGUUUUUGGGGAUUCAGAGACAUUUGAUCAAUGGUUCCAAAAUGAUAACAAAGACGAACAUGGAAAUGGUAAAGAAGAAGACGUAAUAUUGCAGUUACAUAAAGUCUUGCAGCCAUUUUUAUUACGUCGUAUUAAAUCUGAUGUUGAAAAGUCCUUAUUACCUAAACAAGAAGUCAAUCUUUAUGUUUCGAUGUCUGAUAUGCAAAGAAAAUGGUACCAGAAGAUUUUAGAGAAGGACAUUGAUGCAGUUAAUGGUGCUAAUAAGAAGGAAUCGAAGACUAGAUUACUAAACAUUGUAAUGCAAUUAAGAAAAUGUUGUAAUCAUCCGUAUUUAUUUGAAGGGGCAGAACCUGGUCCUCCAUUUACUACAGACGAGCAUUUAGUCUACAAUUCUCAGAAAAUGAUUAUAUUAGAUAAAUUAUUAAAAAAGUUCAAACAAGAAGGAUCAAGAGUUUUGAUUUUUUCGCAAAUGAGCAGAAUGUUGGAUAUAAUGGAAGAUUAUUGUAUGUUCAGAGAUUAUGAAUACUGCCGUAUCGAUGGUCAAACUGACCAUGCUGAUAGAGUUAAUGCGAUCGAUGAAUAUAAUGAACCAGGCUCCUCCAAAUUUGUAUUCUUAUUAACCACAAGGGCUGGUGGUUUAGGUAUCAACUUAACUACUGCGGAUAUUGUGAUAUUGUUCGAUUCAGAUUGGAAUCCACAAGCUGAUUUACAAGCUAUGGAUAGAGCUCACAGAAUUGGCCAAACGAAACAAGUUCGAGUUUUCAGGUUUGUCUCCGAAAAUGCAAUCGAAGAAAAGGUCUUAGAAAGAGCUACUCAAAAGUUAAGACUCGAUCAAUUAGUUAUUCAACAAGGUAGAAAUGCAGGAAAUAUCGGUCAACAAAGUAAUAAGGCUACAUCAAAGGAUGAAUUAUUAACCAUGAUUCAACAUGGUGCGGCAGAAAUAUUUAGUAAAGAUUCUGCUUCAAAUGGUGAAAAUGCAGAUGACGUUGAUAUCGACUCGAUUUUGGCUUCUUCAGAAAGCAAGACAAAAGAGUUGAAUAAAAAGUAUGAAAAAUUAGAUUUGAGUGCGUUACAAAAUUUUUCGAACGAUGAAUCAGUAUAUGAAUGGAAUGGAGAAAAUUUCAAGAAGAAGGAAACUUCUACCAUCGGCGAUAUAGGUCAUGGAUGGAUCAACCCUGGUAAGAGAGAACGUAAAGAAAAUUAUUCCAUCGAUAUGUAUUAUAAGGAUGUUUUGAAUACGGGAGGAAGGUCUCAUGUUAAGUCAGGACCAAAACCACCAAAACAACUCAACAUAUUUGAUCAUCAAUUUUAUCCUACUAAACUAUUCGAAUUAAAUGAACUAGAAAAAAAUUACUAUAAAAAACAAAUAAGAUACCAAGUUCCGUUGAAGGCUGGUAACCCUAAGACUUUAAAAGAAAGACAGUUAGAACAGAAAUUGGAACAGGAAGAGAUUGAAAAUUCGAGACCUUUGACUGAUGAAGAGAAGGAGUUAAAGGAGGAAUUAUUAACUCAAGGAUAUGGUAAUUGGAAUAGAAGGGAGUUCACUCACUUUAUUCAAGUUUGUUCGAAAUAUGGCCGUAACUCAGUCCUGUUAAUUGCUACUGAGUUCGAAGACAAGACUGAUGAAGAUGUGAGGGAAUAUGCCAAGAAGUUUUGGACUUCGUAUGAAGAAAUUGAAGGCUACGAAAGAUACAUCAACCAAAUCGAAAUGGGGGAAGAAAAAAUCAUCAAGAAUAGGUUGCAAAAAGAAUCGUUGCGCAGGAAAUUAGCUCAGUACAAGUACCCACUACAAGAAUUAGUAUUGAAGUUCCCUCCAGCUUCCACAAACAAGAGAACGUUUUCAGAAGAAGAAGACAGAUUCUUGUUGGUACAAUUGUACAGAUUUGGACUCGACAGACCUGACAUAUACGAAAGAAUCAGAGAUGCCAUAAGGGAUUCUCCAUUAUUUCAGUUCGAUUUUUUUUUUCAGUCAAGAAAUGCCGCAGAACUCUCAAGAAGAUGUACUACUCUUUUGGCAUGCGUAUUAAAAGAAAUUCACCCUAAUGCUGUGAACAACAAGAGAAAGAAGGAAGAGACACCAGACAAAGAUACCAAGAAGAAGAAAGCCAAAAAAUGA